AAGUGUUGGCAGCAUUGAGGAAAUGAAAGCAGUGGUUGGUUAGCGGGCUGAUUAUUUCUUUUCCCAUCCGUAGCCGAUUGCUGUCGUGCUAUCCAAAUGGGUAAACCCCGUGGUAUUCGUACCGCGCGGAAGCACGUGAACCAUCGUCGCGAGCAACGAUGGGCGGACAAAGAUUACAAAAAGGCUCACAUGGGCACGAGAUGGAAGGCUAAUCCCUUCGGUGGUGCAUCUCACGCUAAAGGCAUCGUCUUGGAAAAAGUUGGAGUAGAAGCCAAACAGCCUAACUCUGCCAUUCGCAAGUGUGUCAGGGUACAGCUGAUCAAGAACGGCAAGAAGGUGACUGCAUUCGUGCCGCGGGACGGUUGCCUCAACCACAUUGAGGAGAACGACGAAGUGUUGGUUGCGGGUUUCGGUCGUAAAGGUCACGCCGUUGGUGACAUUCCCGGAGUCAGGUUUAAGGUGGUGAAGGUCGCCAAUGUCUCCCUUCUCGCCCUGUACAAAGAGAAAAAGGAGAGGCCAAGAUCAUAGGCUUUACUCCAUUGUGAUAAGUGCUGCUGCGAAGUGGUGUUGUUCAUAAGAGUCAUAAAAAAAAUGUAAAAUCAAGUACAUAAUAAAUUGUGUACGUCAAAA